UGCGCGUUGUUUUUUGUGUUGCAUAAAACACAAUCGUACGUACAAAAACAGUAUUUAUACACAAUCAGCUGUUUUAUUACUUAGGAAAGACGAAAAGAGUCAUUGAAUAUGCGAAAUUUGUAUGUUUGCGCAGAGCAUCAUUAAUGCAUUCGAUUAUAAAAUUCUCAUAUCUUUUGACAGUAUAGUAAUAUUGAUGUGUGAUAAAAUCGUAUAGUGGCAAGCAAAACACGCGAUACUGUACAGUGCGGUUAGUUUUGUUAUGGGGUUUUAGUUGAAAUCAUGACGGAGACUAUAUUUAUUUCGGUGCAUUCAAUCGAUAUGUUUUGUUUCAACUUUCAAACAAAUCUUCUGACAGUUGUCGCAAAUUUCAGAUCUUUGUUAUAAAUUUCUCAUUAAAUUUUUCACAACAUCUCACAACCAGUCCUAGAAAUUUACAAGUGAAGCAAUGUCGCGUGACAAAAUUCUACGUGUCUCUCAGUACUUUUUGUAAUUUAAAAUAUCGGUAGAAAAAAACAGAAGUAAAAAUAAUUUUUGUCAACUGCUCUUUUUCUGGAGAUGAGAGUGAUUUUUACCAUGGGCUGAGUAAGUGCGAUCUAACGAAAUGUCAAAAGGCAAAUCUCUAAAGUUCCAAAACGAGUUGAGCGAUGCUCAAGGGAAGAGUGACGCGACGCGGCAAACCGAUGAAAAACGAGAGAUUGCAUCUCGCGCUGAUUUUGGAAAGCGAUGGCAUCGCUUCCGGGUUCUCACGCCGAAUUCGUUCAUCCUUUGUGGCUCUUGCGCGAUGAGCGAUCUUCGAUUCAAAUACAGAAGUCGAGGACGGCAAGCGGCACCGUGCUCGGUAGUUGCUAUCGUUUACGGUCGCUUGUUUCAGCCGAAGGAGUGGACGCGUAAUCACGUUGAUCAAGUGCUCGAAUACGGAGACAAGCUGUUCCGUUUGAGCGCGAUUAAGAAUCGUAUAAAAGACGACGGGACGUACAUGAAGACAGGUCUCGUUCACAAUGAGUUCUACGUCGGCUUUUACAAGGUGCUGGUCGGAAUCGAAGACAGCGGUAUCCGCGGCAAUCUUUUCAGCGAGUCGAUUGGCUGCUCGGACUUUGCCGAGGGUCUGAAGAAGUUUUUACGAGACAACGAUUCCGGGGUGAUUACCGCUCAGGGUAGUUCCAUCGCUGUGUGGCGUCAAUCGUCUCCCGACGCUUUUCUGUAUUACGAUCCUGCGUCGUGUAACGAAACCGGCCUGCGUUGUCCAGACGGUACAGCGUGUUUGAUGAGAUUCAAGUGCGUGAACGAUCUGCGCACCCAUUUCUUGGAGAAUCUGGACCGGCGCUACGACUCUCGGUACUGCAUCGACAAAGUCACCGUAUUACGCGUGACGGAGGUCGGUCGUGGCUUCGUCGAUCGUCUCGAUGUCGCCGGUCCACCGGUAGUUGAAAGAAGCGUGUUGCGAUCAAUUAAUGUAGCGGAUGACGACGACGACGACGACGACAGCUACAAAAUCGACUGCACUAAGCCGGUUCCCAGGGACGAGAAGCUACGCGCAUCCGCUGUGAGAAUGCGGAAGGAACCGCUGUCCAUCACCAUCUCCAAUUACAAUAUCGAUCAUCGCUUCGCCACGGAGCCGCUAGUAGAUCGAAACGGUUUCGACACCGGAUAUUCCUACGACGCCAUGCGCGCGAAUGUGCCGCCAACGUUCAAAGAGUUAACUGGCAAGAUAGCGAUUCUUCAUGGCACAACUCACGAGGGCAGCGAUGUGUACAAGGGCAAGGGCGCUCAGAACGUGGCGAACUGCUUGAUGGCCAUCGCCAUGAGGAGGGCGCAUCCGGUGAAAACCUGGAUAAGAACGAAACUGGACGAGAUUCUGAUGCUGGGCGAUUCGUUUUACACCGAUGUCAAGUCCGAUAAACCGGCGAUAACAACGUUGACGGCUGCCGAUUUUAACGACGCGAGGAUCCAGAUGGAAGAUCUCAAGUUACUGGUGGACGUUGACAUAGUCACCGUAACCGGCACGAUCAGUUCCAAGAUGCCGUCGAUACUGAAUUUGAAACAGGCGUUAGAGGAAUUCUUCUUGGUGAACGAGCAGGGCGUGCUCGAGACGUCUUCAAUGGCGGUGGCGAUUUGGAGCGAGAACGAUUGUUAUUAUUUGUUCGAUCCUCGACCUUGCAACGCCGCCGGUGUCAGAGUCAGGGAAGAGGAUGCAAAAAGGAACAGAGAGGAAGUCGAACGGAAAGAUAAGGAGGCGGGAUACUGCUGCGUAAUUGGAUUUCCGGACGUGGACUCGAUGGUCGCGUUGUUUCUGAAAAAUAUUGAUCCGGCGCGGAAGAACGAUCGGUUUGUCAUCAGAUCCGUCACAAUCGUGGACGACGUGCCCGGCAUUCGACCUUGGAACGAAUUUCAGCCUGGUGCGCCAGGUAAAACGUGGGUGUUGCAAGGUGGCAUCUCGAACGUCAACGAGUUGUUCGAAGAGGAGAACCAAGGUCGUCAGAGUCUCGCCAUGUCGUUGGUGGGAUUGGUGAGCGCGUGGGAAACACCACCGGAGAAGUGGAACCGUGAAACUGUCGACGAGGCAGUGACGGAAGGCGACGCUUAUUACAACUGGUGCAAACCUGCCGAAAUUGAGGAAGAAGUCGAAGAAAGAUCGUUUCUUGUUCAACACUUGAAGAAAAAAUUGUACUUCAAAAAUCGAAAGGUGACCGUUGAUCUCGAAGAAGCGGCGAUUGUUGGGAAUCUAACGGCGCCGGAAGAUUCCGAGCUGCCCAACUUGGAGAAGGGAUUGCGUCAGUUCUUCGAGAACAAGCAAUAUGGAAUAGUCGAAGCAAAGAGACUCGCAGUGGCGGUGUGGAAAGUGGAAGAAGAGGUCAAAGACAAAGAUAGAAAAAAGCAGACAUUCUACUAUUAUUUCGAUCCAAAUCCUCGAGAUGAAUUGGGCGAAUUGCCGGCCGAGAUAGACGAAGAGAACUUCGCCUGCGUAGUGCGCAUUUCGGAUCUUUCAACUUUGGCAUAUCUCAUCGAGAAGAAUGCCGGACGAGAUGACGAAUACGGAAACGAUUUCACGAUACACGAGCUAAAGAGCGUUACCGUCGGCACGACGAUGACGGAAGAAGAGAUCGAGGCGGACAAACAAAUACCGAUCAUGCCGGAAUUGAACAACUACUCCCGUUUGGGCGACAACGGCGCUUUACUUCUCGGUUCCAUCACUCAGGGUAACGAAACGGCCUUCAAAUGGCAGACAAGAGAUAAGCAACAAGCUGCCAACGCUUUGACGACCUUGGCCAUGAGCAAACUGUACGAUCCUCAUCUGUGGUCUCGCGAUCUUGUGGACGAUAUUCUGAAGAUCGGCGACAAACUCACUAACGCUAACCUGAUGAAUCUACCGGAAGCGGAGACUGAAGAGGAAUCGCCCAGAAAUUAUCUUCUCCCAUCGGAGAUCGCGGAGGACGUUACAAUAGGUGUCAAUCGAUUGAUGGUUAGCCUCGAAGAAGAAUCUGGCGGUGGGCAAACAACAGAAAUGACGAGAUUGCUCGAACAGUUCUUUGAAGGGAAUUCGAUGGGAGUGUUCCGUCAGGGUAAUGUGAUGGUGCCGAUUUGGAAGGAGGGUGAUGUGUACUUUACGAUGAAUCCCAGAGGCAGAGAUGCUCAUGGUGACACCGCGGAUAAAGACAGAGCUGCAGCGGUGAUGUGGUUUACUAACGUCUCCUCAUUGGCCGAUGUUCUUAGAGAAAUCGGACCGGAUACCGAUUUCGUUAUCGAUGCCGUUACACUCGAAAAUGUAUAUGAAACGCGAGUGGAAGAAGCUCAGCGAAUUAAAAAAACCACUUCCGGAGAGGAUCUAUGGCAUCAUUUUCCGAAACUUGUCGAUGGCGUCUGGAACAUUGACGGCAACGUCAGUAUGACGGACAAGAGAUUCGACGAAAUAAAUCGGGGCAAUCAAAGUGCGGCCAUCGCGGUGAUGGCCGUCGUUUUUUCUAAGGUAUACCAACCAAAAUAUUGGACGUCGUCCGUUCUUGACGAAGUUAUAAUAACCGGUGACAAGCUGCACUCGAAAUGCGUCGAGCGACUCGGCUCGAAUUUGGUACCGUUGGUGAACGAGAUCAUCAAUGAGUUCUUUCUGUCUACACGACGUAUCAGUCUGACGCUCAAGGACUGCGUUCAAGCGGGUAGUUUGAACGGGAAAUCGCCUAAGAUUCAAGAUCUACGUAGCGGAAUCGACAAGUUUUUCGAAAAAUACGAUGCUGGCGCGCUGACUGCGCAGCGAAAUAACAACGCAGCAAUAUGGAAAGCCGACAACGCGUACUAUGCUUUGAUACCCAAUUGGAUCGUCAUUAUGGAAGAGGCUACAUCAACGGUACCGCGGCUGUUCAGAUUCCGAGACACGGGUCUGCUUGCGGAAUAUUUUCUGCGUCAUUUUGGAAGAGGAGGCGACUAUCAGAUCACCGCAAUCGACGUAAUGGACACGAGCAAAUUGCCGCCGUGGAAAUUCGAUCCGAGUCCAGCGGUUCGGCCGGCGAACUUGCCUCCGUUGAACGCUUACAAAAAGCUGCAGGGCGAGGCGCGAGCGAUUCUGCGCGGCAAUUAUCAUCAGAGCGACAACAUUUUUCCCGAAGCGCUGCGGGGCCGUCAGACUGCGGCGAAUUGCGUCGUCGCACUCGGUAUGUCAGUAGUAAAGAGUCCAGUCACCUGGACGAGAAAAACCAUGGACGAGAUUCUAGCAAUCGGCAUUGGCGUUCAUCAGGAAACAAACAAGAUUAGACCAACCACAUCGAGAUUGAAACCGAAGGAUAUCAUCAGGAUAUUCUGCGUGGGUGUCACUAUUCUGACCUCUGAUAUCGAGCCCAACACUGUGAGCGGUUUGGUAACGACAACGCCUCGUGAUAAACCGGAACAGGAGAAAGGAAAAGAGCGCGAAGAGGAAACACCAAGAUCGCCACCUUCUGCAAUCUUACUCGCGGACGGUCUGCAGAGAUUUUUCCAGAAUAAUCGCGCCGGUAUUUUGCUCGUCGAUCGCACUAUGAUAGCCAUCUGGAAAGAUCUCGGGGUUUACUUCAUGUACGACCCCAGAGCUAAAAACGAUCAGGGUUUACCGGAUUCUAACGGAACUUCUUGCGUUAUGUGGUUUGCCUGUAUAGAACCACUUUAUGACGUUAUCUUGGCGAGCAUUGAUCCAGAAGAGAAACACGGAAGUUUUCAGAUUUGCCGAGUGAUCAUAAGUACCGUCAUAAUAGAACCCUUGCCGUGUCCGGUUGGUUUCCAAUCGUACUAUGAUCCUAUCGCCUCACCCAUUUCGACUGUCAUUCCGAGAACAAUCGCCACAUUUGACGUGGAACCGUUGCACAAAUACAAUAUCGUGGAUGAAGAGAUCAGCGUUUUGCGCGGCACCGUGCACAUGAAUCAUCGCGUUUUCGACCUGAAGACCCGCGGUUUGCAAAGCACAGCGAUCGCGGCGGUUGCCGUUGUGGUGGGGCUGCUACACGUGCCGUCCAAGUGGACACCUGAAAUAAUAGACGCUGUGCUCAAAUACGGAGAUUUGUUGCACUCGGACAGCGCUAAAGUCGCGCGACCGGGUGCCAGAAACCUCUCGCCCAGCGAACUGUUGACUGUCUUCAUCGUAGGCGACGUCAAGGCCACUAUUCACGUUCACAAUCACACGACAGCGGGUAUAUUAAAUUCCUUUGACCUGAUCGAGUCGCUCAACAUGUUCUUCCGCAGGAAUUGCACCGGAAUACUUCACACCACCAAUAUGGCGGUGGCCGUGAUGCAGCACUACGGCAAAUUUUACAUGUUUGAUCCGUGUUCGCGAAACGAUCGGGGCAGACCUACCUUCGAUGGUGCUGCUUGCAUGUUCAAAUGCGAUAGUGUUGCGAGAAUGGCCAAGAUCUUCGUGGCCAAUUGCAAUCUUAGGCGACCGAAUGUGUACACUCUGAACGCGGUUAACGUAUUGAAUCUGCAUUUCUUUUCGGAUGCAAGUAGUUGCUUGUCUAAAUGCAAUCAAUAACGCGUAUCAUUCUCUUUUUCUUGUGCUCUAGUAAAUUAAAUAAGAUAUUUUUACCAUCAAUUGAAAAAACAUCUAAUUAAAAAAAAAUAUCUAAAUUUUUAAUAUCGCAAUUUUAAUGACAAUCACAACGGUUUACAUUUUCAAGUGAAACUUGAUGUUAUUAUCAUUAUCGUCACUCUUACGAAAAAAGAGCUUAAAGAAAAUGAAUGAAAGAGGAAAAAGAAGUCAUACACUUGGUCGACAACGUUCUCAAAGAGUGCUAAUUUUAUUUAUAAGUUUUCUUUAUGACACAAAUUACUUUUAGCAUCUACAUGAGUAAGAGUACAGGCUAUACGAAGAAUGAAUUUGAUACAGAUCACUUAUUAAUGUAAAUACAAUGUUCCUUUUUUUCUUUCAAUUACAUACUAUCAACCUAGAUACUUAGAAAACACUGUACAACGCAGUUGAGAACUGUCGAUUGAUACUUUACAAUAUAGUACAACCACUCCUUUGAAGCGAGACACGAGCUUCGGAAUCCAUCUUGUCGGCUCAAACGGAGCCGUCGGCCAACACCCUCAUUACCAGCGAGGGGGGGGUGUCUUCUAUGACUUGCAGAUUUGCGAGUGACUCUCGAGCGGACUAUAGGCCGUAUCGAGUGAGUUUGCCCGCCGCAAGGAUCGCGUUCUGUGUCCUAAAAGUCCACACAUCUCUUUUUUUUUCCUUUCCCUAAUAUAUGGUAUUCUUCGUAUUUCCUAAACAUCGCAACGCUUGGUUUCGUUCCUAGCAAAGUGAAAAGAGAGGUAGUGGAGACGCGAGCGGGUCACAUAUACAUCCCUGCGGAAAAGUCAUCUUAAGAAAUUUCAUUCUUCUUCUUCGCGCCUGAUUGUCCAUUGCGGGAAAGACUGUUUCCGCUCGCGUCACCUUCCUCGCGCAACAACAACCAUCAUCAUUGCAUACACGCACGCAUACAAUAAUCAAACACCGUAUGACUUUUUUUUGCGAGUCUUGUUUUCUCUUAAUGGUUACAUCUGUCAGUAUAAACCGGUGAUGAUAGUGUUGGUCCGCCGUCGUCGCCUCGAUUUUUUUUCAUUUUGCGCUCGUCUCCUUCGUGAGACAUCGCUGGUCGUCCUUGCCCCGUAAUUUGUCACUAAGUAGGUACUUCGGUUCCUCGAUCGAACGUUCCUGUACUCGCAGAAGUCCACGUUUCUCUUUCCUCAGUCUUGAGAAAAUGAGUACUUGGCAAACGCGUAUAUCUUCUCACUUAUAUUUGCAAUUUAAUAACACAUAGAUUAUUCGGUAAGAGCGAGAUCAAAAUGAGACUUAGACGUUACGUUCGCAGGAAGGGGUCGUACUUAAAUGCUGUUUUCAGUCUGUUUAACGAGUUCGAUCGACAAACGAAGAAGACGAGAAAGGGGGAGGGGAGUUAUGUAACGAGGAAAGGAGAAGGAGAGGGGGCAAACUUGUGUUAUCAGGACCAUUUUCUACGACUGACAGAAUGAGAGAUUAAAGAAAUCAUAUUGUAAAAAAAAAAAAAAGAAACAAUAUGCAUUAUCGCUAAGAUUGGCAUGAUAUUGUUUAUGGCACGUUUAGUUUGCUGCUAUAUUCAGCGUCGCGUUUUCUACAGCUGCCUUUGUCGUGCGCGCUGUAUAAUAGACACCGUACAGAUUGAAUGAAAAAAAAAAGGAAAAAAAAAAAAGAAAACGGUGAGUAAAAUGUGUGGAAGGAAGAGAAGGGAAAAGAUUCCUUUCGCACACUCGCACGUCUACUUUCAUUUCGCACGCACACUGAGAGAAACAUGUUUUGCUACGGAACAAACGGUAAGUAUUAAUUGUGCCCAAAUACAGCAGAAGGACAUGUCCUCGUUCGUACCAUCUUCUUUACGUUCUUCUUCAUUAAUUAAUUUCUGAUAAUCCGGAAGUUGUGUUAAUGAGAUUUGGUGUGUAUUAAACAAAGAGAAGAAGAGCUACUGCAAUCAUUUUUUUUUCUCUCAGUGUAGCAGUACUCAAUGCUUUCAAUCUCGAACACACAACGCACUCUCUCUCUCUCUCUCUCUCUCUGUCUCUCUCUCUUUUUUUCUUUUAUUCUCUCGCACAUAUGCAUGCACGCAUGCACGCGCGCACGCACGCACGCACGCACUCUCUCGUUGGCACCACCAUUGCACUUUCCCAUGCGUCGCAACAAAUGCACCUUAUAUGUAUAAAGAACAUAUUUAUUUUAUGUACAAAAGAAAAAUUGUUCCCUAAACGAACGCUCACAGAAUAACCAUAAUAGGAUUUCUCAUUGCGCUUUUCUUGUUUUUGCAAUAUACGAUAACAUGGUAAUAAAAAAUAUUACGGUAAAAUUGCACCGGAAAAUAUGUCGCGUUAUAACAAAAAUAAAGCCGAUCGCUUAAAACAACAGAAUGUCAAAUUACACAUUCUGAGUGCGUUCGCUUCGGAUGCUUUACGCGUUUUGAGCGAGACAGUCCGUCUUUGUUGCUUCUUUCGAACAAAGAUAGGCUGCUGUCGCUCAAAGCGCGCGAGAGCUCAAAAGCGAACGUAUCCUCGGUAUGCUUAAAAUUACGCGUGCAAGUGGCGCACGCGAUUCUUAUACAAUUCUAUUUUGUUAAUAUCAAAUUGAUAAAAAAAAAAAAAAAAAAAAAAAA